GUGGCCUGCGCGUGACGUCACCCGUCACGAACAGAACUUGUUUUGGAGGAAGUGAAGAGCCUCGACUACCUGCUAGCGGCUAGCUUUACGGGGAGAGAAGCGAAGAGCGUCAGCGGGAGUUGAUCCAAAGUGAGCCGUAACCCGACAUCCGCACGGUCCGGCACGGACGGGGCUGCUUUUCGAGUCGAGGGGUCGGUAGAGAAGUUAAACGUUGAAAAGCACAAUGACAUCAAGGAAGAAAGUGCUGCUUAAAGUCAUCAUCCUCGGAGAUUCUGGAGUUGGGAAGACCUCGUUAAUGAAUCAGUAUGUGAACAAGAAGUUCAGCAACCAGUACAAAGCCACAAUAGGUGCAGAUUUCCUGACAAAAGAAGUCAUGGUGGACGACAGACUGGUCACAAUGCAGAUCUGGGACACGGCUGGUCAGGAGAGGUUCCAGUCUCUAGGCGUGGCGUUCUACCGUGGAGCAGACUGUUGCGUGUUGGUGUUCGACGUGACAGCGCCCAACACCUUUAAGACCCUAGACAGCUGGAGAGACGAGUUCUUGAUCCAGGCGAGUCCACGAGACCCCGAGAACUUCCCGUUUGUGGUGCUGGGCAACAAGAUCGACUUGGAGAACAGACAGGUAACAACCAAACGAGCACAGGCUUGGUGUCAGAGUAAGAACAACAUCCCAUAUUUUGAAACCAGUGCCAAGGAGGCCAUCAACGUUGAGCAGGCCUUCCAGACGAUCGCGCGCAAUGCUCUCAAACAGGAAACCGAAGUGGAGUUGUACAACGAGUUCCCUGAGCCGAUAAAACUGGGCCGACCCGAGCCGGCCAAGCAGUCGUCAGAGCCCUGCAGCUGCUGAGGAGGUCGCCGUCGCCACCCUGUCUUGCCUUGUCUAUAUAUCCCUUUCCCAUUGCCUACUGUGUUAUACCCCAAUAUAAAAGCAGCAUCCCACUCAUAUAGUAUAUUAAUACACACAAACAUGCUGCAAUCAGUUCUGUGUAUACAAAAAAAAAACAUUUUCUACAAAAACCCGAUCCUAGCUCCACUAAGAAUCAAAGUAAAUGUGAUGGCAUUUACUUCCUAGUCUUUGCCCUUUUCUCACAGCCCGGUGUGCUAAGCUAAUGUCAUUUUCCGGCUGUUUUCACUCGCCAGUUUGGCCCUCAUUUUUAUUUUGAUACCUCCAAGUGGGAAAUGGCAGCAUUAUUUUGUACAUGUGUUGGAAUGUGUGAGAUUUCAGCAGUGGUGGGUUUUUCUCCUGCAGCACGAACAGAGGAAACCGCCGGCCCAUAUUUUAUUCAUCGUAUCGUGGCUUAAAUUACUCUCACUCUAGACCACACUUGUUGCCAUGGUUUCCAUGGCCUCACAGACGCGGUAAAUUCAGAAACUUCAGCAGGAGCUGCUGUAAAUAUGCACAUGUAGAUCACCACAUGAAGCUUUCGGUGUGGAGACAUUGGAAUAAUUGAGAAUCUUUAAUGAAGGCAAGUCCAACAAGUGUGUACAGACCUUUUCUUUUGUGUGUUGUGUUGCACUCUGCUGUCAUUCUCUGCUCCGUCAGACGACUCGCUCUGAGCUGUCACGGAAGCUCCUUCAUGUAAGAACCGUUCUUCUGAGGUUUGUUUUGUUUAGUGACAGUACAGCCCGUCAGCAGACGUGGAGGAGUUUCUCUCAAUAAUAUCAUCAAUGAGAAAUGUUAUCUGGUGCAUUUCUUUAAACCAUCAACUGUUCUCUCAAACCUCCUGAUCAUUGUCGGGGAAGUUGCUGUAAAUCUGACGGACUCUGCCGGUCGCUUCAAGUGCUCGACGUUUGUUUUAACCAAUCAGAUCUUUAACUGUCUCUUUGUAUUAUGUUAAAAUGUAGAAAUAUAGACUAAACUAGCAUACAUACUGUAACACUGAAAGUUAGUUUUUUUGGGGGGGAGGGGGGUGGCAUUAACCAUUAUUAUAAAUAUGAUUAAUGCACAGCAUCUACAGUGUUUCAACAUGUCUUUGCUUUUCAAGUAAUAAGGGUAAUAAAAGUCUUGAAUCAA